AUGACUGCCAUUGCUGUAAAUCAACCGUUAAGACUCGAGAUGAGUGUACAAGAACGUUUCUUCCGGUACUUCCAGACCGAAGUUGCUGCGCUGCAGGAGCGAAUGCAUAUCAUACAAGAUCACGGCACAUCUGGCGGUGAACGAGCAGAUGCCAUUGACCACUGUCUGGCUGGAAUCUCAAAGUUGUCCAAUGAGGUGAAGGACAUAUCUGGAUCCCUUCCGGCACACGACCAGAGGACGUACAGCGAGGCGAUCAAAGCAUUAUCAGAAAAACUACAGAAGACUCGAGCACAGGCAGCACCCAAGCCAAAAUUUUCGUUCAAGAAGAAGAAUGCAUCUGCAAUAUCUAUCAACGAUGCAGCAGAAUUGGCAGCGAAGAAGCGUCUGCUCCAGCCCCACAGCAAUUUCUCAUCAGGAGUCUCGUCCUUCGCAACAACGCCAUUGACGAUGCCUCAAACACCAGCCAAUGGCCCCGCUGUUGAAGACUCCCAGCCUGAGGACACCAAGGGCACUGCCUCCAACCCGGUCACGGAAGGCGUACGAAAGCUAUCCUUCUCCAGAGCUGACAGGAUACACAUCUCAAACCACAGCAAAAUUCACAUCAUGCUGCCUUCUUCGGCCACUCACGCAACAUCUGGAACUUCUGGCACGGUGACCAAUGUUCGCGACAGCGUGAUUGACAUGAGCAUCUCUGCAGCUUCUGCAUUUGCUACACUUACUCUGAAGAAUAUCAAAAGCUCGUUGAUAGUGUGUGGGCACGUCAAUGGUGCUGUCCAUAUCACGGGUGUGAAUGACUCGGUUCUGGUAGUAGCAACGAGACAAUUCCGCAUGCACGAGAGCAAGAAUGUCCAAGUUUAUAUGCUUUGCCAAAGCAGGCCGAUCAUUGAGGAUUGCGAGGGGGUUGAGUUUGCAGAAAUGCCUGGCUGCUAUAGUACGGAGAAGGACAAAGACAUCAAGAACUUGUACGACCAAGUCGAUGACUUCAAGUGGCUCAAGGCAGAACACAGCCCGAAUUGGAGUGUAUUGGAUGCGGACAAACGCAUUAAAGACGAGGUCUGGAAGGAGGUUGUGCCAGGUAGCCCUAAGAGUGGCGUCGAAGAGAUCUUGAAGGCAGUGGGAAUCUGA